AUGAGUGACCCCCGAGAGCCCUCCUACUCGAUCGUGCCGAGAAUUCGGUACAACACCGUCGGCGGUGUCAACGGACCCCUCGUCAUCCUCGAGAAUGUCUUUGAGGGUACAUCAGGCAUCGAUGUCAAGAAGACGAAAGUCGAGUUCACGGGCCAGAGCUUGAAGCUCGGUGUGUCGGAGGACAUGCUCGGUCGUAUUUUCGAUGGUUCCGGUCGUGCUAUCGACAAGGGCCCCAAGGUCCUGGCUGAGGACUACCUCGACAUCAACGGCAGUCCCAUCAACCCCUUCUCCCGUGAAUACCCCGAGGAAAUGAUUUCGACCGGUAUCUCUGCCAUCGACACCAUGAACUCCAUCGCCCGUGGUCAAAAGAUCCCCAUUUUCUCCUCGUCCGGUCUGCCGCACAACGAAAUUGCCGCCCAGAUCUGCAGACAGGCCAGCUUGGUUCAGAAGCAGGGUGUUACCAACAAGGGCGUCCACGACGGACACGAGGAGAACUUCUCCAUCGUUUUCGGUGCCAUGGGUGUCAACUUGGAGACGGCCAGAUUCUUCACCCGCGACUUCGAGGAGAACGGCAGUUUGGAGCGUGUCACUCUCUUCCUCAACCUUGCCAACGAUCCUACUAUUGAGCGUAUCAUUACUCCUCGUCUCGCGCUUACGACCGCCGAAUACUACGCCUACCAGCUCGAGAAGCACGUCCUCGUUAUUCUGACCGAUCUGUCCGCCUACUGCGACGCCCUUCGUGAGGUUUCGGCCGCUCGUGAGGAAGUCCCGGGUCGUCGUGGUUACCCCGGUUACAUGUACACUGAUUUGUCCACCAUUUACGAGCGCGCCGGCCGUGUGUCGGGACGCAACGGCUCCAUUACGCAGGUGCCUAUUUUGACUAUGCCCAACGAGGAUAUCACUCACCCCAUUCCCGACUUGACGGGUUACAUUACGGAGGGUCAGAUUUUCGUCGACAGAGGUCUCUACAACCGUGGUAUCUACCCGCCCAUCAACGUCCUGCCGUCCCUGUCCCGUCUCAUGAAGUCUGCCAUUGGUGAGGGCAUGACUCGCAAGGACCACGGCGAUGUUUCCAACCAGCUUUACGCCAAGUACGCCAUCGGUCGUGACGCUGCCGCCAUGAAGGCUGUCGUCGGUGAGGAGGCUCUGUCUGCCGAGGACAAGCUUUCUCUGGAGUUCCUCGAGAAGUUCGAGCGCCAGUUCAUCAACCAGGGCCAGUAUGAGGCGCGCACCAUUUACGAGUCUCUCGACCUUGCAUGGAGCUUGCUCCGCUUGUACCCCAAGGAGCUUCUCAACCGUAUUCCCGGCAAGAUUCUCAACGAGUUCUACCAGCGCGCGGCAAAGGAGGCCAAGGACAAGGGCAAGCAGAGAGCGCAGGUGCAGCAAAACGAGGAGAACCUGAUUGACGCAUAA